ACACACCCGGGCACGGGGCGCGCCCGCCGCCGCCGCUGCCGUCUCCUCCCCCGGGCCGGGCCGGGCCGGGCCGCGCGGGCCCGCGUCCUUCGGGCGCCUCGGUCGGCCCCGGGCCGGCUGUAACGUCCCUCAGAGGCCCCGAAACGCGCUCCGCGACCCUCCAGAGCCCCGGCGGGGUCUCUCAGAGCCGCGGGCCGCCCGCGGGACCCUGUGAGGGGCUUCAGGAUCCCUUGAACCUCCUCCCGCGGUCUUUAAAAUCCUUCGGGGGGUCCCCGGGAUCCUCCCAAGGCCCUGCGGUGCUCCUUAAGGGUCUCUGGACGCCCUCGGACGGCGUCCAGGAUCCUUCAGGGGCCCUCGGACGGUCUCCGGGAUCCCUCGGAGGUCCUUCAAUGCUCUUUAAGGUCCUUUGAAGGUCCUCAGACCAUGCCCGGGAUCCUUUGUACGACCCUCCAUGGUCUUUAAGAUCCUUUGAACGUCCCUGGACGAUCCUUGGAAGGCCCUUGGAUGCUCUCUGAGAUCCUUUGCAGGUGUCUAGAUGGUCUCCAGGAUCCUUUGAAGGCCCUACAAGGCUCUUUAAGAUCUUUUGAAGGCCCUCAGAGGGUCUCUGGGAACCUUUGAAGGUCCUCAGACAGUCUUUGAGAUCCUUUGAAGGCUCUCGGACAGUGUCCAGGAUCCGUUGAAAGUCCUUCAAUGCUCUUUAAGAUCCUUUAAGGUCCUCAGACAGUCUUCGAGAUCCUUUGAUGGUCUUUAAGAUCCAUCGGAGGCCUUCGGACAGUGCCCAGGAUCCUUUGUAUGACUUUCAAUGGUCUUUAAGAUCCUUUGAACAUCCCUGGACGGUCUUUAAGAUCCUUGGAAGCCCUUUUGAUGCUCUUUAAGAUCCUUUGCAGGUCUUAAAGCGGUCUCCAGGAUCCGUCAGGGGUCCUUCAGUGCUCUUUAAGAUCCAUCGAAGGCCCUCGGACCAUGCCCAGGAUCCUACAUGAUCUUCAAUGGUCUUUAAGAUCCUUUGAACAUCCUUGGGCAGUCUUUAAGAUCCUUGGAAGGCCCUUUGAUGCUCUUUGAGAUCCUUUGCAGGUCUUCAGAUGGUCUUUGAGAUCCUUUGCAGGUCCUCAGAUGGUAUUUGAGAUCCUUUGCAGGACUUCAGUGAUCUUCGAGAUCCUUUGCAGGUCCUCAGACGGUCUUCGAGAUCCUUUGCAGGUCCUCAGACGGUCUUUGAGAUCCUUUGCAGGACUUCAGUGAUCUUUGAGAUCCUUUGCAGGUCCUCAGACGGUCUUCGAGAUCCUUUGCAGGUCCUCAGACGGUCUUCGAGAUCCUUUGCAGGUCCUCAGACGGUCUUCGAGAUCCUUUGCAGGUCCUCAGACGGUCUUUGAGAUCCUUUGCAGGACUUCAGUGAUCUUUGAGAUCCUUUGCAGGUCCUCAGACGGUCUUUGAGAUCCUUUGCAGGACUUCAGUGGUCUUUGAGAUCCGUUGCAGGUCCUCAGACGGUUUUUGCGAUCCUUUGCAGGACUUCAGUGGUCUUUGAAUCCGUUGCAGGUCCUCAGACGGUCUCUGGGAUCCUUUGCAGGGUCUCCGGAGGGGUGAGGAGAUAAGUGCAAGGAGAGAAGCCCUGUAGUAAAUCCAUCUGAGUUUGCGGUGUGGUGCUGCUCAAUUCACUGAUGUUAUGGAGCAGUGUCUUAGGCCUGCCUCGAAAGGCUGAGAAGCACGGACGGGGCUGGAAGGAAGUCAGGAAAAAAGACGCAACAAAUUUUGAGGGAUAUAAAAAUGAAUCGGGGAGGGGAGCAUAGAUUACAGGAGAAUAACUAGGGCUCCAAGGGGGGCAACGAGCCGCGCUCCAGCUGGUGCCCAUGGCAUCUGAGGAGCCAGCGAAGCGCUGCCCAGAGACGUGCACGGAGGAGGGGGAGGAAGACCGCCCUGCAGUCACCUCGAUCCCUUCAGCCAACGCCUCCUUCCCCGUCUGCUAGAUGGAGAUUUUAGCUAGGGCCGGAAGGCGAUUAACCAAGAUAUCCCAGGCUUUUGCAGGGCUAGGGAGAGUGUGCGUAGAAAAUAAAAGGGUGGGGAAGAGCGCAGCCAGAGCCCCAGUAGGAGGAUCCCGACAAGGCUACCGCCUGGCACGCUCGCCCCAACCUGCAUGAGCACCGGCGUGUCCCUCUGUCCACCACAGACAGACCUGCUUGUUAUGCAAAGGGCAGUGGGUCAUGGCCCACCAUGAAAGCUAACCUAUUUACCCCAAAUCAAGACGACUUUGAAUUGAAGACCAGGGUCUUAAAUUCAAAGUCGUCUUGGUUUGGGGUAAAUAGCAUUGCUUUAAUUAGAUUCUAUACAGAGAAAAUUAUACAUUUGUUAUAAUUUUCCAUGUAUAGGGUCUAAUUAUUGGCUCCUGCCCCAGCCCAAGUCAGCGACCGCCUGCCCCAGGCUAGCACUCAAAUCGAAGACUGGGAGGGGCCGUUGCCCCUGUAUUGAAUUAGUCUUGGAUUUGAGUAAAUAUGGCAUAUGCCCCUCUCAGUCAGAGACGUCACUGGAAACAUGCCAGAUUUGGGGGGACAAGAAGGAAGCAGGGAGGGGAGUGGAGGUCACAGGUUGAUAACGAGGGUACCAAGGCGGGCACCAAGCGGAGCGCAGCGGCUGGUGCCCGCUGGCCCUCAAACACAUCCAAGGAGCCCAUGGAUGCCGCCCAGAGACGUGCAUGGAAGAGCAACAGCAAAAGAGGCUCGUGGUCACCUGGGCUUUCCCCAGCCAGGGUCUCCCUCCUGGUCUGGUAGACGGUGAGUUUGGCCAGAGCCAGGAGGAGGUUGACCAGGAGGCCCCAGGGCUCGGUGGGGCCACAGAUGCAGAGUGCGUAAAACAGAAGAUGCAGGCAGAAGUGCAGUGCAGACCUCGGGAGGAGGGUCCUGAGACUGCAGCCCUGCGCGCUCCAUGUGCGUGUACCAGGGUGUCCCUCUGUCCACGGGGGAUAAAAUGCUGGGCUGGACAGACCCUUGAGGGGUUUUCUUAAGCUUCCCCCAGAGGUGCUGGUCAUUGGCUGCAGCCCAACCUGGGGAUGAAGACGGGCUGUGCCAACGCUCCUACUGGGACCAGCCCCACAGGGUCCUGGCUAGAGGGGCACGACCCUCCACUCAGGCUCAGACCGACACUGCAUUGGGAGCGGAAAGGGAUUUCCCCCCCUGGUCAGAUUGGCGCGGACUGGGGGUUUUGCCUUCCUCUACCUGGGGUUUCCUAGUCGUAUAUUAAACCUUUUAUAGCAGCAGGACAUUGGCUGCCGCGGUCCCCCUGCUUUCCCCAUGGCAGGUUCGGCUGCAAUGUCUGGUGCUGCGUCAGGGUUGACAGGAGUUUGGCUAAGAGGUUGGACGGUGGAUUUGUCUGGGAUGCUUUGGACGGGGCCGAUCCUGCCUCGGGCCAGGGAUUGGACUAGAUGUGACCUCUGGAGCUCCCGUCCUCUGGGGCACGCAGGCAUCUCAUUUCUCUCCGUGGCUGCCCUCCUUCCCUCUCCUUGCCAGCAGGCUCAGCAAUGGAAAGUCCAGGCCGAGCAGGUGGUGCCGUUAGACCCGCCUGUGGCCCCCAACCCACCUUUCAGUGAAGAAACACAGCUACCGGUGCCAGAGACGCCCCCGUGGCCAGAGGUCAACAUGGAGACGACGGUAGAGUCGCACGCCACCUGGCUGAUGGCGCUGGAGGGGAGGAUGGGGAACGCCGAAAGCAAGCUGGUCAGCUGCGAGAGGGCGGCCGUGGAGUUCGGGAACCGCCUGGAGAGCAAGUGGGCCGUGCUGGAGAUCCUCAUCCAGGAGUACGGGCAGCUGCAGAAGAGGCUGGAGACUGUGGAGAACCAGCUCAAGGAAAAGGAUGUCUGGAUCCUCAGUAUGCCCCCGGGCUCCAUGGGGGAGGUUGCCAUGGUCCCUGUGAACUCGGAGGCCUCGGGCUGCUUCUCUGAGCAGGAGUGGGGGAACGUGGAGCAGUGGCCUGCGGACCUCCACCGGGACGCUGUGCGGAGCAACUACGAGGCGCUGAUGUCACUGGGCCAGGGCACAGACAGCGUCCUGUCCAGCGCAGAGAUCCCAUGUGAGGUAACCUUGGGUGAUGAGCCCAGCGUCCAAGACCAAGCAGAUUCUCAAGGCGCAGAGAGCCCAACAGACUUCAGCCCAGCCCCGCUCACAUCCACCCCUGUGGCCAGCUCCUGGGUGAAGCAGGAAGACCCACCGUGUGAAGAAGACCAGAGGGAGAUGGUGGAGACGAACAUCCCGGCCAUGCCCAAUAGGGCCAAGAAGUCUCUGCAGAAGCAAGGCACCGCUGCCCCAGACCUGCCACGGGUGGCCCUGGUGCGCCUGGAAGAUGCCUUCCCGCAGCUGGCGGAGAAGCUGCAGAUCUCCCGCAAGGGCAGGCGUGGCUUCACAGUACAGAAGAAGACUCCCACGGGGGGCAGCACCGGGCCGGCCACCCGUAGUCAAAGAACGGCCAGCUGUCCUGCCCCCGGCACCGAGCAGCUGAAGGAUCUGCCAGAAGUGAUGCCACUGCGGUGCAGCAAGUGCCGGAAGCACCUCAGCAGCGACGAGGAGUACGUCGAGCACAUGAACUUCCACAAGGUGAAGCGCGCCAGCAGACUGGCUGUCCAGCAGAAUCCCAUUCUCCAGCCCACCCUCAGUAGCCCAGACCAGGGCAACCCAAAGCCGCAGGGUGGUGCCAAGAGCGAGGGCAACCAGGGGCUUGGCCCUGACCCUGACCCUGGCUCCCUCCAGCUCCCAGAGGGUCCCGGUGUCCAGGGCCCACACACCUGUGUGAAGUGCCGGAAGAGCUUCCAGCUGGAGAUGAGCCUCGUGUUGCACCAGCGUGUGCACGUGCGAGAGAACAAGGGCUUGCAGCGGCCUCCAGGCAACUUGGGAACAGGGCAGCCGCUACCUCCAGCCAGGGCCCCACCGCUGCCCCCCGGGCAGAGGCCGUUCAAGUGCCCCAGCUGCCCCAAGGACUUCACCAGGAAGUCCCGGCUCAACGACCACGUCCGCGCCCACACCGGGGAGAGACUGUUCCGGUGCCCCUGCUGCCCGAAGGAGUUCACCAAGAAGUCCAAGCUCACCGACCACAUCCGCGUGCACACCGGCGAGCGCCCCUACGCCUGCACCCUGUGCAUCCAGCGCUUCAAACGCCGCCACCACUUGCUGCGGCACCAGCACGUCCACAACCGAGUGCCGGCCUGCCGCUGCAGCCAGUGCGGCAAGAGCUUCCGCUACGAGGAGUCCCUGAAGAUCCAUUUGCGAACUGCCUGCCCUGCGCUGCAGGCCCACCGCAGCUUCUUGGUGUCCCCCGGGGACUGACAGGGAGCCCCGGCACUGGCCGAGGUUCUCUGGGUCCAGGCUCCUGCGUGAGCCAAGGGAGGCUCGGGCUUUCUAGUUGACCUGCCGGAGAUGGGAGCCCCGCUCCCGUCGAUUACCUCGCCUCCGGCAGGCUCCUCUGAAAAUCCCAGCCUGCCACGUUCCUUUAGCCCCCCAGCACGUGUUGGGCCCUGUAGGCCUAUUUAGAGCAGCCAGCCACUCGCGGCACUGUCCUGGGAGGUGCAGUGAGCCCCACCUACAUUGUUAGCAGCGGCCCAUGAUGUGGGUGUCCAUCUGGAGGUGCCUUCCAAGGGCCAGGGUCUCGGGGGGGUGCUUGAGACUUCACUGUAGCAGUCCCAGAGGCACCCACAGAAAACAGGGACCUCAGCGUCAUCUGUUGCUGCUAAAAAAUGUAGGCCGGGAUGUGCGGAUCCCCUCACCAUGGAAACCCGUGGUCAUAAAUGGGGGGUUUCCCCAGGGAGAGUGUUCGGGCCAGGUCUGUUCAUCCCAGUGUAGUAGUACAGUGCUGGUCCCUCCUGUGUUGUCUUUUUCUUUUUCUUUGCCAGGGUAGCACGCCGAGUCGUUCCCCCAGGUCCUGUAGCCCCCCAGCCUAGCCAGUCAUUCCCCACUUUGUAUUUGUGUAUUUGAUUGUCCUGUCCUAAGUACAGGGCUUUACACUUGUUCUUAUUAAACCGUGUCUGAUUGACCUCA